AAGAAAACUCCACUGAAUUCAUGACAAUGCAGGUGCCCUACACUUCCUGGAGUAAUCAAUCAACAUAUAAGAAGUUUAUAUUAACAUCUACAACCACAUUAGAGCAAUGCAAUUCCUCCUGCUUAGAAGACUGCUUCUGCAAAGCCGUAUUGAUCGAUGGAAGUAGUUGCAUGUUUAUGGGGAUGCUAACAGCCGGGAAGGUGACACAAGACACCAGCAUGACAGCACUGAUCAAAAUACGAGCAAAUACUUCUGUCCCAGUUCCAGACCGACCUCCGGUACCAGCAUCAGUGAGAAGUAUAUGGUUCUACAUAACCAUAGGUAUUGCAUUUUUACUUUCAGCCUCUAUCAUCUAUAUCCUAUGGCAAAUCAACAUCAGUAAGAUGGCUAAAAGGAACCAACCAGGUCUGAGAAUUUUCACUAGCAAGGAACUUAAACGAGCAACUAAAAACAAAAAAAAGGAACUGGGCAAAGGAAGCUUUGGCAAAGUAUACCAGGGUAAGUUGAGUUAUUUAAAUCCACCUCAUGUCGCAGUAAAGGAACUCAUUGGGUCAAAUGAAUACAGUGAGAAGGAUUUUGAAAAUGAGGUGAGAUCUAUCGGCCAGAUUCACCACUGCAACCUGGUUCGCAUGAUUGGGUACUGCAAAGAAGGUACGGACCGGAAGCUGGUCUUCGAGUACAUGCAAGGUGGCACCUUAGCCAAUUUCAUCAUCAGGUCCAAACGGCCAUGUUGGAGCUGCCUCUCAGAGGCGGCAAUAGGCAUAGCCAAAGGGCUGGAGUACCUACACGAAGGCUGCAAUCCAAAAAUCAUCCACUGCGACAUCAAGCCCGACAAUAUACUAUUUGAUGACAAACAUAUACCAAAGAUAACAGACUUUGGCAUCGCAAAGCUACUUGGAGACCAGAAGACACAGCAAACAUUCACCAACACACUUGCAGGUACAAUGCCAUAUAUAGCACCUGAAUGGUUUGGUGUAGGCAACGUGGGAAGUAAGGUGGACGUGUAUAGCUUUGGUGUUGUACUGCUCGAAAUGAUAUGCUGCAAAAGAGCCAAAGGAAAGCAGCCACCUCCUAAAGAUCAGGAUCCCAGAAUCAUGUUCUGUUUGAGAGAGGCAGAGAGCUUGAUCAGGAGUGGGAGGUUUGAGGAGUUAGUGCAGGGAGAGAGCGAAGCACUGGCAGAUAUGGAAAGCGUGAAGAGAUUCUCACAUGUGGCGAUCUGGUGCCUGCAGGACUCAUCAAUGAGGCCAAGGAUGCGCAAAGUGGUGCAGAUGCUAGAAGGUGUUGUGAAAGUCGACCCUCUGCCUGACUCUUCAAUGUCUUCAAUCUUCUCUCCUAUGCACCCUACCAGCAGUGAGACCAAUCCCUCUAGCAGCACAGUUCAUAUUAUCCAAGUUGAAUGAUUUUACGGCCCACACAAUUACUGUGUGCUUGGAUGCCAAUUUACUUAUGUUCAUUGCUCACGAGACAGUCAUGGAGUGUAAUCAGCUCUAGCUGUUGCCAUAGCUAUGGACACGUCAUUGAUGGUGUAUUGUUGGGAAUUGGGACAGGAGCCCCGAAAUUCCAGCAUGGCUGUAUUUUUGUCUUGGCCUUAUCGUGUAGUAGCUAUGAUUGUGAUACUAGACUAUGGAUAUACUCAGUAUGCGUUUGAAAGAAAUCUAUCUUCCAUGGAAGCUCAAUGCAGCCAGAUGUAUUUGGAUUAAUCAAUAUAGCCUUUAUCAGAAAAUGAGCAGAUGCAGUUUUUACUUAAAAAUCACAUAAACGAA